AUGAUUCUGUCUGCUCAUAUUAGUCUAUUGUUAAUUUUAUUUCUAACAGUUUUUGCUAUUCAAACACAUGGAUUUGUAUUCGGACGAAUGUGUUUAGGGGCUCAUCAAGAAUAUCAAAUGUGUGGUUCAGCUUGUCCUCUUACAUGUGUUGAUGUAAGACAUGCAAGAUAUUUCAAACCAUGUACAUAUCAAUGUAUCCAAGGUUGCUUUUGUAAACGUGGUUUUACUCGAAGAUCUCAUUCAAGAAGUCAUUGUAUUCCUGAUUGGCGAUGUUAA